GAUAAAUUAUGAAUUCGCAGGAAGAGUCAGGAAGCGAAGUUGAUGUUUCUGAGGAAGGAUCCGAAGAGUUUGGGGAAAUACCUUUAAACGAGUCAAUGAUUUUUGCUGACAAAGAAGAACUUCAAAGUCUCCAAAGCAGCAUCACACAAUCAGUGCCUAUCAAAGAAAAUAACGAAGUACCUUCACUCCAAGAAGAGUCCCAAGAACCACCUGAAGAUAAUAAAUGCCUUUUGGUCAUAAAUGACAGUUAUAUGGAAGAGGGGCAAAAGCAGCAAGACAAUAAGUCUGAAAGCCCAUCCCAUGAGCCUCCCAAGGCUGAAGAAGAGAAGAAAGAUGAAAACCUAUUCAUCUCUAGAAUAGCAGAGGAAGAUAUCCAAGCCCUCAAUAGUAGAGACUUCUCAAAUACCUUAAAUCCUAAAAUGAAGAAUCUAUUCGGAGAUGCUUUAGAUACUCAAUCUGAGUACUGCUUAACAACUCAAGAAGUGGGAUAUGAUGAAAUCAAAGAGCUCUUCUUAAGCGAGCCUACUUGGCACUCCUCAAGCUCUUGGACCAAGCCAAUGGCCCAUAGACAAUACAAGAUCAAAACUAUUUGGUGAGCUGCACACAACUGUGAUACUGAAGUUAGAAGGAGAUAUAGCCAUUUUGAAUGGCUCAGAGAGAUGCUACUCAAAGAGUAUGAGAACUGGGCAGUACCAGUCUUGCCAGAGAAGACAAUUUUUGAGAAAGCUUCAGGACAUAAGUCCGAUUUCAUUCAGGAAAGAAUGAGGAAAAUGAAGCAUUUCCUAACUAUAGUCAGAUCUCAUAGGCAACUUAAGCAGUCACAGUACCUAAAAGGAUUCCUAGCUGAAAGCGACCAGGCGUUUAAAGCUACCAUUGAAAAUCUCAAGAAGAUCGAAGAGGAGCUAAACAGUUCAACUUCUCAGAAGUCCAAGGGUUGGUUUUCAGCUGCUAGCAAUUCCUUUGGGAGUGUCAUUUCCAAGGCAAACGAGAUAAGCAAGAACAUAGUUCCCACUCUUAAGAAUUUAAUUGCAAAUUCAGAGGAUGGAUUUGAUGCUAAUGACAAAUUGAUCAAGAAAUAUUCUGAAAGACUGGACAUGCUUCAUAAGAGUUUCAUAGAGUUUUACAAACUUGUCACGAAUACUUAUGAUAAGAGGUCAAAUGACUGAAAGAUAGAAAGAGAAUUAUCCCACUUUAUGUCUUUGAUCAAGUCGACUAAUGCACAGGAACUUCAGCAGAUAAUCUCAGAUAAUUCAAAAAUAGCUGAUGAUAGAGGAAAAGAAGCCUCGACGAAUUUAGUUGAGCUUAAGGAAUUGCUAUAUGCCAUUGAGAGUCACCUUGUCUGGAUUGAAUCAGUCCAGGAUCUCAUCAGCCGAAAGGAAGUCAUAUCAGACAAACUUCUUAAUGUAAAAUAAGGAACUUAAAGAUGCUCCGUUGAAUGAAAAUAAUAAGCAACUCUCAACAGACUUAGUUACCUUGACAGAGAGAAGAGAACGAAUGAUAAAAGGAAUCAGAAUGGAGAUGAAAAAGUUGACUAAAGGGACACUAGAUUUUUAUCCAAGGUAUGCUGAAAGCAAAUUUAUUUCAAGUCAGUUGAUGUAUUACAAGAAUAACUUUGAAAUUUACCAGUGUUAGAUUCUGUAUUUACUCUAUUUAAGACAAAGCAGAAGUCUAAGUUUCUAAAAGCAAGUAAGCUAUUCAAAAAUUCUUUUAAAAGCAUUCUUUAAU